AUGGAGACCUUGGAGAACAGUGAACUUUGCUUCCCGCAUCUCUUCAACGCCUCCUGCAGGAAGCCGAAGCGUUCUCAAACUGAGGCUGUGGUGAUUUUCAUCCUGCUGUCCUUCGUUUCUCUGCUCACUGUGUUCCUCAACCUGCUGGUCAUCAUCUCUAUCUCCCACUUCAAGCAGCUCCAAACUCCCACCAACCUCCUCCUCCUCUCUCUGGCCGCCUCAGAUUUCCUCGUUGGCCUCCUCAUGUGCUUUCAGAUUAUGCUCAUAGACGGCUGCUGGCUCCUCAGUGACCGUGUGUGUGUCACGUAUCAGUAUUUGGCAUAUAUCAUCACUGCUGCCUCAGUGGGAACCAUGGUGCUCAUAUCUGUUGACCGCUACGUGGCUAUUUGUGAUCCUCUGUUGUACUCCACAAAAAUCACAAUGAAAAGAGUUAAGAUCUGCAUUGCUUUGAUUUGGUUUUGGUCUUUUGCUUUCCAAACUAUGAAUCUGGGUGAUAAUCUGAUUGAACCAGGCAGGUAUAACACCUGCAUCGGAGAGUGCAUCAUUGCCGUGAACUACAUUGCUGGGCUUGCAGAUCUCAUAUUGAACUUUAUAGUUCCCGUUACUGUUAUUGUCGUGUUGUAUACAAGAGUGUUUGUGGUGGCUGUGUCUCACGCUCGUGCCAUGCGGUCCCAGAUUGCAGCCGUCACACUAGUAACUGUUAAAAAGUCAGAGAUUAAAGCGGCCAGGACUCUCGGAGUCGUUAUAGUUGUGUUCCUGUUGUGUUUCCUCCCGUUUUUCUGUGUCACCGUUGGGGGUGAAGACACUGUGAUCAAUUUUUCAACCGCUGCUUUUGUCAUAUUUAUGAUCUUCUUAAACUCCUGUUUGAAUCCUAUAAUCUACGCCUUUUUCUACCCCUGGUUUAGAAAAUCUGUCAGACUUAUUAUUACACUGAAGCUGCUGCAGAGAGACUCAUGUGAGGCCAACCUGCAGUAG